GGGGCGCGGGGGGGGGGUGUCUCGAGGGUGCUGCACGUUAAAUUGAGUUGUCUCCCGCGAUGCAUUGCACACCUUACGUGUUGGGAACAUACGGAUGCUAGGGAAGGACAAAAAGUGUUUCUCCUGCUCAUGUUAAGCAGAGUAUGCAGUUAUAUUUUUCAAAGAUGGUGCAAACUAUUUUUAUUAAUGUUUACUAAUUAAAAAUUAUAUGUUCGUCGCUUCAUUCUUCAGAUACAGUUUACCAGGUAGUCCCUUUGACCUACAAGGCAGGAUUCGCACGUUGAGAGUAUCGAUUUUUAAUCGAUUACCCACUUUUUUUUUUUUUUUUUUUGCUUUGUCUUUGUGACAGUAACGGUUGAGCGGUCAACUCAUUCCUUUUUUCUGCGAGGCAGCGAACGCACGUAAUUUUGAUACAAGUUCAAAAUUAUUUCUAUUUUUCCUUUCGUGUAGUAAUAUAACGCCAAUAUGCCUAAAAGGAAACGUGAGGCGAAGAUUGAGCAUUAUCAACGCAAAAUCAGGAAACUCCAAGCAAAAGAAGAUAAACGUAGACGAAUUAUUUAUACUUCGUCAGACGAAUCGGAUAAAUCAGAUAACGAAAAUAUGCUCGAAACUGUAGUGGACCCGCAAGUAACGUCUGAUGUAACAAUAUCUAACCUGGAAGAGAGCAAUCAAGGUGAAGGUAGCGAAGAGCAGGCACCUGAGCUGGACCCAGAUACUCUAACCGCUCUAGGCGAAACAACCGAAGAGACACCGACGUUAGGUCCAAAAAUCCAUGAUAAACUGUCAAGCCUCUGGUUGCCUAUCCUUAGGAAAGGCAUAAAUAAGGAGACAAAGGAAAAGCUCCUUAAAAAGUACCCAAUUCCAGAAAACUGUACCUUACUACAGGCACCGAAACUAAACCCAGAAAUAUCGGCCGCAGUAACUGAAGCCGCACGAUCUCGGGAUAAAGAAGCGGUGCAACAGCAACUAGGACGGGGUAUAGUUGCUCUUAAUAAAGGCUUGGAACUCCUCUUAGACGAUGGCAAUGAUCGGCUACAAGCUGUAAAAUUCCUAAGUAACAGCUGCCGUUUACUCUGCGAUCUACAUCACCAAGAAACCGAAGCAAGAAAACGGUUUAUUACACCCAGUCUUGACAAAUCUUUUCUAAAUAUUAUGCAAGACGUAGACCGCGAUGAACUGCUAUACGGCAAUAAGCUUUCGGACAAAAUAAAAGCUACCAAAGUUAUUGAGAAGCACGGUUUGCAAAUAAAAAAGCCUACUCCUCAACCUAAGACACCGUCAACAUUGCCAUUCACAAAUUUGCCACAUUCAUACCAAUCUUCACGCCCACGCCAUCAGGGAAACUGGACGGGCCCUCCUCGUUUCCCUCCAAACAGGGGGGGGAGGGGAGGGCAAAGGAAGCUGACUGCACCCACAAACCGGAGAACUCAACUAAGCAGCUCCUCACACCAGAAACCACCGGCGCAGCCCAAGAAGCCACGUGCAGUGGAUCAGCAAUAGAGAUCCCAUCACCGACUUCAUCGCAGCCUUUCCCUGGGGGCCGCGGUGCUCUCAGGGAAGCAUUUAGAAGAUUAAAUACACCCGAAG